CGGACGCCCCGCCCCCGCGCCCGGGGUGUUGGGCCCCCGCGGCGUGACGCGAGCACGGCAGCUCCGCCCCCUGCGUCUCUGGCCUGGCUGGCCCUGGGGGGGAUGGUUCCAUCAUGGCGUCAAUGCAGAAACGACUACAGAAAGAACUGUUGGCAUUGCAAAAUGAUCCACCUCCUGGGAUGACUUUAAAUGAAAAGAGUGUUCAAAAUUCAAUCACACAGUGGAUUGUAGACAUGGAAGGUGCACCAGGUACCUUAUAUGAAGGAGAAAAAUUUCAGCUUCUAUUUAAAUUUAGUAGUCGAUAUCCUUUUGAUUCUCCUCAGGUCAUGUUUACUGGUGAAAAUAUUCCUGUUCAUCCUCAUGUUUAUAGCAAUGGUCAUAUCUGUUUAUCCAUUCUAACUGAAGACUGGUCCCCAGCGCUCUCAGUCCAGUCAGUUUGUCUUAGCAUUAUUAGCAUGCUUUCCAGCUGCAAAGAAAAGAGACGACCACCAGAUAAUUCUUUCUAUGUGCGAACAUGUAACAAGAAUCCAAAGAAAACAAAAUGGUGGUAUCAUGUUUUUGGAGCCCUGAGGGAUACAGAAGUUUGAUCAAUAUUGUCUUAACAUGCUUCAAAUAAACCAGGAGGAGAAGGAACCAAAACAGUCCAGCAGUCUUGUUGAGACCCUGAGGAAAAGAAAAGAACUUGGGAAGGCCAUGGUAUGAUUAGCAUCGCGGGCACAGUCCUGAGGAAGAAAGAGCUGCGGGGUGGGGCAGUGCACACUGAAAAAGGAGAGUGUGUAUAUAGUCAGAUGUCUUUGCUUCCUGGACUUCUGCAGAGAGUUCCCCUUGAGUCUUUGAUUUGUAGAGCUUCAAGUUUGUAAAUAACUUGUGUUUACAUAGCCUAUAGUGAAAGGCAUUUUAAAAACACAAGGCCUUGGAAAAAGUCACUAGAGGGCCAGGUGUGGUGGUGUACACCUAUAAUCCCAGCUCUCUGGAGGCUGAGAAAGUAAGAUUGCUGCAAGUUUCAGGCCAAUGUGGGCGACAUAGUGAGUUCAAGGCCAGUUCAUGGGGAAACUGUCUCAAAAAACAAAAACAAAACAAAACAAAAAGCCAGCACAGUGCUCAAAGUGAUUCAAAGUAAGUUUAAAGUUUAGUGUACACACUAAAAUACUGUGUACAUAGUGGAGAAAUAUAACACAAUAAGAACCCAACAAUGUAGAAUUUAGUUAUUGUCAUCCAGAAAAAAAUUGGGCUGAGUGCAGUGGUAGUACAUGCCUGUAAUCCAGCCAUUCAGGAAACUGAGGCAGGAGGAUCAUUUGAGGCCAGCCUGGGCAACAUGGUGAGACCCUAUCUCAAAAAAUAAAAAGGGUUGGAAUAUAGCCCUGUGGUAGAAUAUGCCUGGCUUCAACCCUGCCCCGCCCCACCCUGCCAAGGAUCGCCUCACUUGGAAUAAUGGAUAAAACUCGAAGCAGAGGUGAUACUCAGCAAAGAGAUGGAAGACUUGAAUAGUAAACCAGCUAGACCUCAUAGACAUAAUGCAGAACACCCACCAACAGCCAAACACACUUAAGUGAACAUACAUCAUUCUCGUAAUAUGUGAGACCACAAAAUAAUUUUCAAUAAACAAAAUUUGAAAUCAUACAGAUUAGCUUUUCCAACCAUAAAGGAAUAAGGUUGGAAAUCAGUAACAGAGUACUAGAAAGUUUACAAAUGCAGUAGUCACCCGUAUUUGUGGGGUCUACAUCCGUGAAUUCAGCCAAUCCCAGACUGAAAAUAUUUAUAAAGAAAAGGCAUCUGUACUGAACAUGUGAAGAUUUUUUUCUUCUUCUUCUUCUUAUUAUUAUCAUUUGUUUUUUUGAGACAGAGUUCCACUGUGCAGUUCAGGCUGGCCUCAAAUUUACUGCAAUCCUCCUGCCUCAGGCCUUUGAGUUCUGGGAUUAUAGGCAUAUAUCAUCAUGCCCAGCCUUAUUAUUAAUUCUUUAAAAAAUGUAAUAUAACAGAUAUUUACAUACCAUCUUUAUUUUAUUAGAUAUUGUAAGUAAUUUUGUUACUUAAAGAAUAUGGGAAGAUGUUCAUAGGUUGUAUAAAUACUAUGCCACUUUGUAUAAGGAGUCCUCAGAUUUUGAUAUCCUUGGGGGUGAGGGUUGGGUCUAGUAACCAGUCUCUUACAGAUACUAGGAGAUGACUAUAUGUGGAAUUAUAUGUGUUCUUAAAAAGUUAAAGAGAAAAAUCAGGGGAAAUUAGGAAAUGCUUGAAGAUGAAUGAAAAUGAAGACAAAUCAUUGUGCAUGACUUAUUUGAUGCAGUCAGUGCUCACAGGAGAACAAGUAAUGGUAAUACCUACAUUAAAAGGAAAGAUUAACUUUAUACCUCAGGGAACCUAGAAAAAGAGUAGCAAAUUAAAUUCAAAGUUAGCAGGAAAAAAAAAAAAAAAAAAAAGACCAGAGAGGAAAUAGAGGAAAGGAAAGCAAUACAGACAGACAGUGAAAUCAAAGUUCGUUCUUCUCAAAAGAUUCACAAAAUCAACAAAAGAUCAAGCUGUGGCUUGUGCCUAUAAUCCCAGCACUCUGGGAGGCUUAGGCAGGGAGACUGCAAGUUUAAACCCACCCUGGGCCACUUUGCAGCAUAGUGGAAACCUGUCUCACAAAUAGAGGGCUGAGGCUGUAGCUCAGUGCAAAGGCCCUGGGUUCAAGUCCUAGUACUUCCCUUCCCAAUCAGAAUUGAAUGUGGAGACAGUACUAUUGACCUUCAAGAAUGAAAAAAGAUUAAAGAAAAUAUAAUGAGCAAUUAUAAGCAAACAGAUUGAAUAACAAAUUCUCAGAAAUACACAUAGGCAAAUUGACUCAAUAAGUAAAAAAUUAUUUCUUCAGUAAGUUAUUCUGGAACAACUAGCGAUACAUAGGCAGAACAAUGAAGUUGGAUUCCCAAUCCUGAAUCACAUUAAAAAUGAAUGUUACCUAAAUAUGAGAACCAAAACUCUUAGAAUGGAGCAAUAAAACACAGCCCAAAAAAAUAAGCAAAAUACUUGAAUAAACAUUUCUCCAGACAGGAUAUACAAGCACCCAAAAUGUACAUGAAAAAAAGUGUUCACACUAUUCAUGACUAGAGAAAUGCAAAUGAAAACCACAAUGAGAUACUGGAAUCGGGAGAUCAACAACAACAAAAAGAUCAACAAAAGCUCGUAUUUGUGAGGCUAUGGAGAAACUUGUGUUGCUGGUGGGAGUGUUCAGCCACUGUGAAAAUGAAUUUGUUCCUCAAAGUAUAGAAUUUACAUGUGGCCCAGCAAUUCCAUUUCUGUGUACAGAAUAUACUUGAAAGAAUUGAAAACAGGCACUGAAACAAAUACUUCUAUGUGGUAUUUGCAUUGAUGGCACUAUUUUCAGCAGACAAGUAAUGGAAACCCAAAUACCAGUCAGUGUAUGAAUUAGUAAACAAAUUGAAAUGUUUACAUUCCAUAAAAUAUUUAGCCUUAAAGAGAAAUACUGAUACAUGGGACAAUGCAGAUGUGUCUUGGAAACAUGUUAAAUAAAAGAAGUCAGAUACGAAAUGUUGACCUAUGAACGUUUUCUUUUAUAUGCAGUAUCCAGAACAUAUAGUCCAUAGGGAUAGAAUGCAGAUUAGUGGUUUCUGGGCCUAGGAGCAAGGAGGAAUGGGGAGCAGCUACUGAAUGAGAUUGAGACCUUCUGGAAUGGUAAAAUGUUUUGGAGUGAUAAAAAUGUUUUGUAUUAGAUAUAUAGGUGUUGGUCGAAUACUACUGUGAAUGUACUACAUGCCACUACUGUUUACUUCAAAUGGAUUAAUUUGAUGUUCUUUCAUUUCACUUGAUUAAAAAUUGUUUUCAAAGAAGAGUAUAAAUAUGACUCAGCUCAGAUAAAACUACUGAUUAGAAAGAGAGGACUGAUCUGAAAGGCAAAGAUGUAAAAAGAGUUGACAUUAAUAUGCUGUUAAUGAGCUGAGUUUAUGGUACUCCCCUGUAAUCUUCGCACUGUGGGAGGCUAAGGUAGCAAAUCACAAAUUUGAGCUCAGCAUGGACAUCUGAAUGACUUAACAACUUCUUCAAGAAAUAACGGCUGCAUUUCUUAAUAGCAAGUCAGCAUAAGCCCCAAUAAUCCAAUCAUAUUUCAUAAACUCCACUUUUGAGUGCCAGAGGCUUUGGGAGGACAUCUAUAUAUAAACCAUAAAAAAACAGAAACUUAUGGAUCAGAGAAAUUAAAUGAAUUUGAAGUACAAGGAGCAUGAAGCAGACUACCAGGUACAUUAUAAAUUCACAUGUUAAAUAGAACAUUUUUAAAUCAGAGAAAAAAAUACAUGGUCAUGUUAUGUGUAGAGGAUGAUAAAGAUAGUGUUCUUAUCAGAAACAAAGCAAGCAACUAAGCAGUGGAGUAGCAUCUGCACAGUACUGCAAGAUGAAAAGUAUCAGCUGGAAUUCUGUAUGGGAAAAUACAUUUCAAAAUCAGAAAUAAAGACAGUAUACACAUGGAUGUAUCAGUGAUGCUCCUUGUCUGAAAGAAAAGUCCUGCAGAUAGCAGGAAAAUAGUACUAGAUUGCAAAUACAGGUUUCCAUAAAAGAAGUGUGUCAGAAAUGGCAAGUACGUAAAAGGUUUUUUCCCUUAUUAAAUGUCCUGAAAAGUUAAUUCACUAUUUAAAGUAAAAAUAUUAUCAAACUUUUGUGGGGUUUAUGAGAUACAUAAAAGUGAAAUGAUUGUUCAUAGUUUACGACAGGAGGGGAUGAAAAGGAAACAUGCUAGUUUGUGUCCCAAACAUGGGAUAGUUUGUGUCCUCUGCUUGAGGUUUUCUGUUUUUUCCCUUUCAGUACUGGGGAUGGGACCCAGAGUCACCCUCACAGUGAACACCGAGCUGUCUCUCCAGUCCUUUUCUAAGUUUUGAGACAGUCUCACUAAGCCACUAAAUUGUCCAGGCUAUUCUUAAAUGUAUGAUCCUCUUGUUUGGACUCCCAGAGUGCUGGGAUUAUGGUCUAUGCUACAAGUUUUGGUUUAUGAGGUGGUUUUAAUAAAGAUGUAUGCUAAAGGAGCCACUAAAAUAACAGAGAUUUAUCACUAAUAAGCAGGAAAAAAAGAGAUAAAGUGGGAUCAACAAAAUCCAACAGAAACCAUGUGAAAAUGAAAAAGGAAACAAAGAUCAAAUAAGACAAACAUAAAACAUAGCAAGGUGAUAGUCUCAAACAUAGCCAUGUGAAUAACCACAUGGAAGAUGAAUAGUCUUAGCAUUCCAAUUUAAAGCUGAAAUUGUCAGAUUGUAUAAAACGGAAGACCCAACUGUAUGCAUGCUUACAACAAAUUCACAAAUAGAAUAAAAGUGAAAGACUAGAAAACGACAUAAAAUGGUAAACUGAAAAGAAUGUUGAAUUGAUACAUUAGACUAGGCAAAGUAGGUUUUAAAGCAAAGACUAUCACUAGGAAGAAAGUCACUUCAUUUAUAAAGAAAAAUAGGUUAAUAGAACUCCAAUGUUUAUGUAUUUAAACUAAUAAAAAUUCAGAAACUUGAGCCAGAGACAUAGCUCAGUGGCACAAAUGCUUGUCUGGCAAGUGUGAGGUCAUAAAUUUGAUCCCUGAUACAAAAGAAAAGAAAAUUUAGAAACUCAAGAAAUUCAAGAAAUUCUAAUCAGAUUUUAGUAACCCUUCUCAAUAAAUAACAAACAAGAAGUCAUCAAAGCUUAUAGCAUACUUCAUCUAAGAAGAGCAGAAAACACAUUUUUCCAUUGUAUUUACUAAUAUAAAAUAGUUGCUAGGCCAUAAGAUAAUUCUCAAUAAAUUCAAACAGUUCCAAAUUAUAAAAAGAAUGUUCGAUUAUUGGAAUCCAAUUAGAAGUCAUUAGCAGAAAGAACUUUCGAAAUGCCUCAAAUAUUUGGAAAUUGAGUUACAUACAAGCAGUCUAUGGCUAACAAAUUCAAGCCCAGUUGGCAUCUUUAACAAGACCUUAUCCUUUUAAAAAAAGGAAUAUGUAAAGUAUUUUAAGCUGAGUGAUAAUGACAGUAAAACAUAGUAAGAAUGCCAUAGAAGAUGAAGCACUAAAACACUACUCAGGGAACUCUUCUUAGUACUUAUACCACUAGACAGUUCUUAGUAUUUGUGUCACUAAAUGUCUAUAUCAGAAAAGGGAAAAGAUCCAAAGUAAACCAUUUCAGUUUCCACCUUAAGAAACCAGAAAAAGAUCAGAUAAGUCCCAAAGGUUGCAGAAGAAAGUAAUCUGAAAGUAGUCAGCAGUACUCACGCCAAAACCUAAACAUUGAGCUGCCUUCAAAUGUCCUUUGCCACAUUAACUGGCCCAUUGCUCUUUUUAAAAAAUUAAAAAAAAAUUUUUUUUGGUCUGUUUUGAGUCAAGGUUUCACUAUAUGCUUCAGGCUGACUUUAAACUUGUAGCCCAGGCUGGCCUCAAACUCACUGUGAUCUUCCUGCCUCUGUCUCCCGAGUGAUGGGAUUAUACAUGUGCCCCACCAUGCCUGGCUUGGUUCAUAGCUCUUAAAUUUGGCCUGCUGCAAAAUUAAAGGACACUGGUGAAAUGUAGACAGUUUUUAGAGUAUAACAUGCAUGAUCCCUAGUCUUAACUUGCGAAGGACUUCUUGUUUUCAGCUGAAAUCUGAGGAACCUCACCUUUUCUUUCUGCUUAUGAGCUUGGACUGGAAUUGCCUGUCAAACUGCUUAUAACCAUCUGUAUUUUUUUCCAUCCUACUUCCCCAAACUUUCCCCACAAAGCAGUUCCAAAGACUUCUGAACCACAUGGUCAGGUCAACCACAUGGACAGGUCAUGGUCAAUCACUGAUAUGACACUGUAUCAGGUACCAGUUUUCUGUAUUCAUUUUUCAUUGCUGGGAGAAAAUAUCCAGCCCCCACAGUUUAGUUUUUAUUUUUUGGUACCGGGGGGUCGAGUUCAUGACCUAGCGCUUGCUAGGCAUGGGGGUUAUUGGCUAAGCUACACCCACAGUUUAAAGGAGGAGAGGUGUACUUUGAGCUGACUCCAAGACUGAAAGGACAUUACGGAAAAGCUUGAGGGAGCAAAGGUGCUCAGCCUGUGGCAGCUGGGAAGCAGAGAGAAAUGUGGAACAGGGCACCAGGACACACCCGUCCAGGUCACGUCCUCUCCAGAUCGCGUCCUCUCCAGAUCGCGUCCUCUCCAGAUCACGUCCUCAACCGACUAAGCUCUUCCAGCAAAGCUCCACCUUCUAACAGCAUGUUUGGCUGUGAACUCAUUGAUGUGUUAAUCCACUGAUGAGUAUAACACCCCUGUGAUGCCAUCACUUUUCAGAAUCCCCCACCUCUGAAUGCAUGAGACUUUUUGAGAACAUUUUAGAUCUUUAAAAAAAAAUUUUUUUUUAUUUUAAAGAGAAUAAAAUAAAAAACAGAGCAAAGCAAAUCAGAACAAUGCAAGCAACACAGCAGUUCACAACCAGACAACAGGACAUCAACAGAAGCUACCAUAAUGUCUCUUUUCUUCGAAAUAGUUGGGCAUAAGAACCUUUUAGAUCUAAGGCAUAAAACAUUGUAUAACAAAAGUCUAAUUUAUAUUUGCACCAGUAAGAGUUUGCACCUGUAUCUCCAUAUCCUUGCCAAUAUUUACACAAACAUCAAAAAUGUAACAGUGGUGUACAGUAUAUUAAAAACCUAGAAGGAAGGAAUCUGAAAGUUUUUACUGUAAAGAAAUAUAAGUGAACUGCAUGUGGUGUUACACCUCUGAAAUCCCAGCACUCCGGAGACUGAGGCAGGAUAGUGAGUUGAGGCCAAUCGGGACUAUAUAAUGAGACUCAGUCUCAAAAAACCACAGUGGGGAAAAAGACAAAUGUUUGAGGAGAUAGCUAGGCUUAGCUUGUAUCAGUAUUACACAGUGUAUUCCUAUAUUGCAACAUCAUGUUACUCUAUUACAAGCUACAGUGUUACAGUGUCAAAUUAAUUAAGUCAGUCCUAGGUGGCCUAAUAGGGAAAAUUAUCUCACUGAAAUUUGAGCUGUUUAAUAAAUUUCAAAACAUCUUUAUUCAGUAAAUUAUGCAAAUUGAUUCUAUACAUUUACCCUUUUUUCUAUUGGCUUUUAAAAUUUGAUCUACAUUAUUUUCAUAUUAUGUGGAUAUUAACUAUUUGUCCUCAUAUGUUGCAAGUAUUAUCCACUAGUUUAUAGGUUUUUUUUUUGUGUGUGUGGGAUCUGUUUGUUCUUGUGAUACCGUGGAAUAAAUCAGAAUCUUUGGAUUGAGUUUCUUUUUGAGCCCUUUGUUUUUAAUUUCGGGACAGAAUCUUGCUAAAUUGGCCCGACUGGGAUCAAACUUUAGUGAUUCUCCUGCCUCAGCCUCCAGAGUUCUGGAAUUAUAAGUGUGUUCCACCAUGCCCGAUUUAGAGAUAGUUUCUAAAGUAUCAUCUAUUGUGUGUUUUGCUUCCCUGAACUAUUCUAUUGUUAGGUUUUUAACUGUCAGUUUUUUCUGUAAGGGCUUCAAGGUUUUUUGUCUUAUCUAGAAAGACCUUCUGUGGUAUGUUAUGACAAAUAUUUGAAUUUUCUAGUGCUUUUGUGGUAUUUGUAUCUUUUUCAUUUUAAUACUUAUGGACUUUACUCCUUUUGUGAGUCAGGAACUUUUUCAUAAUAGAAAGUCAACUCUAACACAGCAGUUUGUCUGAGUAGCUAUUAGUGAUUCUGCUUGGACAGCCUUGGGUUAAGGACUAAUUUGGAGUUUCCAGGUCAGUUUGAGUUGUAACUGUAGACAGUGACAUUUCUCCUACAAGGCAAGAGCAUUAAAUUCCUUUGCUCUUCUGAUAUUUGAUUCUUUUCACUUUUUUCCUUUUUCUAAAUUUUUAAUUUACUUGUAUUAUAUGAGUUCCCACUAGCAGCAGAGAAGAAGGGAAAAGGAGCUGGAAAAGGCAUAGAACCGGGUCCAAAUCGUUUCUGGGACCAGCAGGGAAAUGGAGUGUCCUGUGGAGAGAUUUUGCUUUGACCGCUAAAGCAGACUAUGAUUUGUGUUCACAGCAACCGUGGCACAGCUACCUUUUGAAUGUUUGCUGCUCUGAAUUCUGACUUGCUUUUGCUGUUCUGUUGAAUUCUAGUUACAUUUUUGUCUUACUGUUUCCUUCCAUUUAUUCUGUAUUCUGCUCAUGUUCUACUUAUAUUUGCCAGAAUGUGAUGUUUCAUGUGCUUUCUUUUUCAUCUUUGAGAAGCCUGGUCUAUUCUCUCUAGUCUUCUUACCUAGUGCGUCUCUUUUAUUUAUUUAUUUUUGUUGUUGUUUGUUGUUUGUUUUUAACCUAAUUACUACCUCUUAAAACCUGUCUUCCCACAUCCCUUUGCCUAUGAAGGGGUUUAUGUGGAUUAUAAUUUAUUCUGUUUUUAUUUUUAUAUGUCUGUUAAUUCUUUUAGACUGUGAGCUCCUUUGAGGAUAGAGGUCUUUGGUUGUUUGUUGAAAACUGUAAGCUACAUUAUUUUGGGAUAGUUUGAAGAUUCAAGUCCCAGAAAACCCAACACAUUUUGUAAAGAUAAAAAAAUAGCAUUUGUCUAAAAAAAAAAAAGUAUGUUUGUUUUUGUUGGACAUGCUAUUAUAUUAGUAGUUUUUUUUUUUCCUCAAAGUUUGGUGAGUUACUUGUAAAUAAAAUAGAAUAUUUUAACACAGGAAAUCUUAAAGUGUAGUUUAUAUCAUGCUUAGGAUUUUUUCAUUGAAAGCAAAUUUCUGGCUUUGUAAAUCAGUAGUAAAAAAUAAUGACUAACAUGCUUUUCACAAAAUACUAAGAAGUACAUUUGUAUGAGUAAAAUCAACUUCUCCCCAGAAGAAUAUUUUAAUUCAGAAUAUAGGCACUUAGAAAGCCAUAAAAGAAAUUUAUAGAAUGAUAUUAGUAGAUUUAUUUGACGAUUAUGUGUUUUAAGAAAUAUUCAAAAUUAGAAUGAUAAUGGAUUCUUAAUUAUAAUUAACUCUAUCUUAUAUUGUCUGAUUCAGUUCACACAACUGAAGUGAGAUAAAAAGUUAUUCCUAUUUUACUGUAUAGAAAAUCAGAUUUAUCAGUUCUGAUCCAAAUGUGUGGUGAAUGUUUAAGUUUAUUACAGUAAAAGGCAGAUUGCUAUUAAUCUUCCCAAAAUACUCACCUCUAGUUCAGACACACUCAUCUCAUCACUUUUGCCACUUUCUGAAGCAGUUCUGGAAAUCCUGUUUGGUGAGUGUCUUCAUGAGGUGUAGUAAAAAAUACGGUGAAUGCCACUGCCAGUACCGUCAGCAGGAAGGUGGUCUUGUAAAAAAAUUACAGUAUGUCCUUAUCCACUGUUUUCACCAGCUGUCUGGCUUCUCCAAAGUCAAAUGACCAUGAAAGGUAAAUGUUUUGAAUCAAUUCAAGACAAUAGACAUUCACAAAAGAGGACUUUUUAGAGCUGCUGUUCAGAAAGCAGCAAGAAUAGUGAAACAAGUGUGUUUGAAGUAAUACAGAUUAUGUGGAGGGAAAUAAUGACAGCGUGUCUUUUUACUGUAAAUUUGUUUUUUCAAUUUAAGCAUUCACUGUGUUUUUGAACCAUACUACAUAAAUAUUUUCUCAAAGUCACAUAGAUAUCAACAAAUGACCGAUGUGAAAACAUCCCCUGAAAAAUCAUAUGGCACUCUGUAAAUGGCAGUCUUAGCUGGGUAUGGUGGUUUACACAUGUAAUCCCAGCAUUUAGAAAGCUUAGGCAGAAGGAUUGCUGAGUUUUAGGCUAGCUUGUUUUCUUUUUCUUUUUCUUUUGGUUUUUGAAUAUGAAGUCUUGCUGUAUUGUCCAGGCUAACCUUAAAUUCACUAUGUGCCUCAGGCUAGCCUUCAAUUCGUGGUGAUCCUCCUGCCUCAGCCUUUUGAGUAUUGGAGUUACAAGGGUGUACCACCACUAGGCUCGCAAUUUUUUAAAGCUAGCUAGCUUGCUUGCUUCAUUUUGAAAUAGAAGCAUUUCAUUAAUUUGCUCAGCUGGUCUCAAAUUGUGAUCCUUCUGCCUCAGCUUCCCAAUUAGCUGAGGUUACAAUUGUGUACAACCAUGCCCAAUAUCUACUCCAUUUUUGAAGAGUGCUUUUCCCCAGCAUUAGAAAGGGGAAAAAAGCUAAUAGUAAAUUGUGAAAAUUUUAAGUUUACUAUAAUACUGUUUAAUAAAGCCGCAUAUUGAUUAUCAAGACUAUGUAUUUUCUCAUGAAUAUACAAGUAUGCCUAUAAAUGUAUCUUAAAUAUCCUGGAAGAGUAUAUUGUAAAUUCAUAUACAGUAGUAUUAAUCUCUGGAAAAGAUACAAGGAAUUUAACUGAAACUAAUUUUUUAAGUUAAAAGACGGGUAAUUAUGUUAUAUUAAAUAAUCUGGAUUCAAGCAAACUUGAAAAAUGUUAAUUAACAAUUUCAGUUGUAGGCAUUAAGUAGAUGGAUGUUUAUGAAAUUAUUUUUUUCUACUUUCUUUUAAAAUUGUCUUUAAAAUACUAAAAUAAAAGUUAAUUUGUUUAGGGUUUUCAAAAUAGUUGAAAGAGCUGGUACUUAAGCCUUUAUUCUCAAAUCUAGAACUUUUUCUGCUAUUAUGAUGCCUCAAAAUGAGAAGAAAAAGAAGGAAAAAAAGACUAAAAAGGAUAGACAGAGUUUAGCUUUAUAGUACUACAGGUCAAGAGAUUUAUGUGUUUAUGAUACAUUUUUGGGGGAGGGAAGGAAAAUUUAUAACCUAAAGUAAAAGUUACAAUUUAUUUUAGCCUUUAAGUAUGCCGUUAUUUGUGUGUGCAUACCACAUCUUAGUUCCUUAAGAGAAAUAUGUUAAUUUAUUUUUUGCAGUGUGAUACAUAUUCCUGUUGCAUGCAGUGGAAGACAUUAGGGGAUUUCAGUUUUCUAAAUACAAAAUUUGUGAAAAUAAUUAAAUGUACAAUCUGAUUUCAGUCUAAAAAGUCAAAAUUAGUGUUGCUUCCAUUUUGUGAAGUCAUUCUUGACAAAAACUUUACAGCCUUUUUAUUUACAGCUUCUCUCCAAGAUAAAAUGGCAAAA